AUGUACGGCUUGAAGGGCAAGGGCGGCGCUGAAAAGAAGGCCGGCGGCAACAUCGACGACAGCAAAGAUGAGCUGGUUCUCAAAAACAUGAAGGAGUGGUCGCACAACAAGUUCAAGACCUCCCAGCAUGCGGCGACUAAAAUUAUCACUGUCCAAUUAGUCGACAAUGUCAAGACCAAGAAUGAGGCCAGUGAUGCCAUCACGCAGGCGCAGCAGCUCGUCAACCAGAAGACCAAAUAG